UGGAGGCCUGUUUUGCAUCUUGCAUCAAAGACUUAAUAUCUGUGGGGUGAUGGUUAGUUACUUCACCUCAGUUUCUUCAUCAAUAAAAUGGAGUUAAUAAUAAUUACACUAGACGUCUAACAGGGUGUUUGUGAUAAAAGUACUUUGCACCUGAUAAAACACUUACCUAAAUGGGAAUUAGUUAUUCAAGGCCUUUAAAAUCUAAGGGGUAGUGAUUAUACACAUUAGUGUAAAACAAAGUAGUAUGUAAAGGGAGCAAUUCAGACAAAUGUAAUAGCUGACAACAUUGAGGACCCUGAGAAAUUUUGCAGAGGGAGAAAUCGCCUUCAGAUGAGGAAAUCUGGGAGGAUUUCUUGGAGGAAGUAGCUCCUGAGAUGGGACUUGAAGAGAGGAUGGUUUCAACAAACUGAGAUGAAAUGGGAGUGCAUUACAGGCAUGGAGGACCAGCUCACCAGACUGUUCAUAUCUUGAUGUGGCAAGAGAAGAUGGAAAACAAUUCCAGAAUCAUAACUGAACUCAGUGAAGAGAUGCCCUGGAAAGUCCUCUUUUUUGUAGCUGGCUCUUUGGCAAUACCGGCUCCCUCUAUUUCCCAGACCCCUCCAUACCCUAGCAAUCCAGGGGAUCCCAUCCACUUUCAAUGUGUGGCCCCCCGAGGCUUCCAGGAGGCUGAGUUUUCACUGUUCCAUGGAGAUGGGGUGGUCCAGACACUGCAAGCUCAAGAGGCCCAGCAGGGAGUGGUUUUCACAGUGACCAACAUGAGCGAAGGCAUUACAGUGCAGUACCGAUGUCAGUACAGUGUGAUGGGUGAGAUUGUCAAGCAGUUCUCAGAUUUGAGCAAGCCAGUGAAUGUGACCUUUCCAGUUUACGUGCUGCCAACCACAACCCUACCAACUUCUCCAAGUAAAGUGGAUCCACUGGGAAAGAAAGUUCCCUCUUGGAUCUUACCACUCUCCCUGGGUCUGGCUGGAGCAUUCAUCCUCAUUAUGAUACUGGUUGUGACCAUUCUAGUGAUUAGACGAGUUAAAAUCACAAACCUUCAAAAAAAAAGAGAGCAAGAAUCCUGUUGGACCAAGAUAAACUAUACUACUUCAGAUAUGUCUUUUGAUAAUUCCCUGUUCUCCAUUUCAAUGAAAAUGACCCCAGAAGAUGUGGAUACUCAUGGCGCAUUCACCAGCUCAACUCUGGCUCCAGAACCCUUUGUGCCCAGAAAGAGACCCACAUCUACUUCUUCUGCUCCUGAACUACCUGAAUUCAGCACCUUCAGGUCCUUUGAUUGAACCUAUCCCCUGCUGUGAGACUAAGAGGUUGCAUUUUUCCUUUUGCAUUCUUCCCCUGAUUUAUCAGUUUCCAGGCUGGGUUCGGAAGAAGUCUGGGAGGCCUGGCUCCUGUAUGUCUCCCUUACCACCCCUUCAUCUUUCAUCCAGGGGGAGUACAACUACAACCUCGCAAGAGAUAAUCUCAUGUCCUGAUUUUCAUUGUUCCAACUGAAAUGCUUUUUCUAUGGCUCAGUAGUUAGCAAUAGCCUGUUAUGUGUCUCAGGUUCAUAGAUGAUAGAUUUAUGCCUAGAAAGAGCCUUCAGAUGUCAUCUAGUUGAACCCCUGCACUUAAUUUUUCAUAUAAGGAAACUGAGCCCCAAAGAGGUUAAGUGACUUGUCCAGGGCCACAUAAAUUAAGCUUCAGUCACUGUCAGAUGUCAUUUGUAUUAGGGCCCCAACAAAAGUCUGUAUCUGUUGAACAGAAAAUACACAGAAGCCUGGAUCUUGGGGACAGCUGUCUUUCAUUCAUGGAAGCAGAGAUCAUUCUAGGUGAAGCUCUUUCUCUAGGGGGAUAGCAUCAGCCAUUAAUUCUUCUGCCCCUAUUCAAGUGGCCCGUUCUGAGCAGAGUAACAUUAAUGGUUGUUGCAAGAGCACAGACAAGACACUGAACCAAAAGUUCCUAUCUAGAUUUACAGCAUCUCCUGUCCCCACUAAAAAAAAUGUUUUGGAAUUACUUCAGCCACCACCAAUGCUUUCCUGCCUUCUGGUGACUUAUUUGCAGCCAGCCCUAGUUGGUGACAGGUACCUGCUAGACUGUAUUCUAAGAGUGAUCGGUCCUAGAGCCCUAAGUUUCUGUUCUAUGUGUGUCAUUCGUUUUCUUUGAAAACUAUAGAAUUGAAGCGGCAAGAUUGUCUAAGUUAUUAAUUACCACCAACAUUGAGACAUUUGUAAGGAACAAAGUGUGGAGUCUUAUUAAAGCUAGCUGGAUUUCUGUUAUUAA